UAUUGAACAGUCCCAUGCCGUUGGAAAUCUCAUGCGAUGACUCAAUGCAGAGAAGCAAAGAAGCGGCGAUGUCGAUUACAAAUUUUACACCAUCCCCAUCAUCCUCCUCCUCCAUGUCGGACAGUUGUGAGAUGACGACUCCUGAUCCUCUCUGCAAUUCAACGCCAUCCGUCAAUCCACCUUCUCUACUCAGCACAAUGGAUAACCGCCGUUCGCCUCUCGAAAUUCCAGACUUGCGUCUAGAUCUCGGAACCCCGCAGGACAACCAGCUUGAGGGAGAAGUGAACCCCGAACACGAUAACACCAAUAGCAGCACACGUGUGGGUGAAUAUACCCAAUCUGGGUCGAUGGAGCUAGACCCUCAUCUUGCAAGUGAUAAUAAACAGUGCCCCACAUGGAGUGUCCCACCUACCAACACACCUUAUCCAUCCAGCAAUGCUGAUGACCGCCAUGCAGCUGUAGAAAUUUCCGAUUUGUACUUAAUCCUCGAAUCCACACAAAACACUGAAAUUGGCGAAGAAAUGGAUUGCCUCGAUGACCGCAAUAGCACAACGGAAAGUGUAUAUAUGAAUCCGGGGUCAAUGAACAUAGACUCCCAUGUUACAAAUUCUGUUCAGCAGUGUCCUUCAUUGAGUUCCCCUGACUGUAGUCCUCCUGUUCGAUACACGAGGGCCUCUGUCCGUCGAUCUGCGACCACGCCCGAAGACGUGAAAAUUUCAAGGUUUGCAGCUAAUCUCACCGCUGAUAGCCCCCAAAUCUCGCCAGCGUUUGCCUUGCGUGCUGAAAAACGAAUGUUAAGGAGAAGAAAUAUGUAUGAGGGUUUUAAAGGAUACAAGGAACCAUCGUUAAACAGAAAGAUGAGACAAGGUGAUCCAUUCAGUGACAGUAGCUUAUUCCAACCUAAGCGUGGUUUAUAUAAAAAACAGAAAACCAAAAGACAAAUUCCAAAAAAAAAUUUGGAUUCCUAA